AUGAAGGGUGCUUUUAUCCUCGCUCUCUCGGGCUCUGCCCUUGCUGUCCCCUUUGGCGGCUUGGCCAUUGACUAUCAGCUCGCGCCUGCUAGGCGUCAAACCUACGGUACGCCUGGCGGCAACUCUCCAGGCGGCGGUGCCCCAGGCGGUGGUUUCCCCGGUGCUCCUAGCGGCAACGCUCCAGGUGGCGGUGCACCAGGUGGUGGCUACCCCGGCGGAGGUGCUCCAGGCGGUGGCUUCCCUGGUGCUCCUGGAGGCAACUCUCCCGGUGGCGGUGCUCCAGGUGGCGGAUCCCCUGGUGCUCCCGGUGGUGGUUUCCCUGGCGCUCCUGGUGACGGUGCUCCAGGCGGUGGUGCUCCAGGCGGCGGUGCUCCAGGCGGUGGUGCUCCAGGCGGUGGUGCUCCAGGCGGUGGUGCUCCAGGCAGUGGUGCUCCAGGCGGCGGUGCUCCAGGCAGUGGUGCUCCAGGCAGUGGUGCUCCAGGCAGUGGUGCUCCAGGCAGUGGUGCUCCAGGCAGUGGUGCUCCAGGCGGUGUCACAAUCGAACAACAAUGUCUUGAUCUUACUACAAAGUUUCCUGUUUCGGAAUGGUGCGCGGAAAUUUCCGACACAUCUACGGUAGUAAUCGCCGCUUGUAACCCCUCCACCGACUUCAUCUAA